AUGGAUAGGAUAUAUAAAAGAUUUGAGGAACUUGAUGUCUACGGCAAAGUUACUUUCAAGAGUAAACUUCGAGAAUUCGUGUAUCCCGAUGAAAACCCUAUGUGUCCUCCUCCGUCAAAGGUUAACACCAAAGAUGCACCGAAGAAACUAACAAAAAGAAGCCAAAGAUCGACAAAGCGUGAUCUGUCAUAUUGGGAGUAUGUUGAUGCUUAUCAUUCAGUUCAAAACAGCAACAAUUUAGUCAGACGUAAUGCAUCAUCUUCUGAACCAUCGAAGCCAGCAAAGAUGAUCCCGAUGUUGGAUCAAUUUGUGCCAUUUAUACAGGGUUUCAUUGAGGACGUUGUUGAUGUGAAAGCAAAUGGCAACUGUGGAUAUCGGUUAGUUGCCGCUUUGUUAGAUAUGGGAGAAGAAUCUUGGGCAGUGAUGCACAACGAAUUGAUUAAAGAACUUGGCAAAUGGUUGCAAGACUACAUAAAGCUCUUUGGUGGCACGGAGAGAUUUGAAUAG